AUGGCUGCAGAGAACCGCGUGGAAAGUCUCCAGGAGGAAGCGACAUGUCCCAUCUGUCUGGAGUAUUUCACAGAACCUGUCACUCUGGAAUGUGGGCACAAUUUCUGCCGAACCUGCAUCAGCCAGUGCUGGGAAGGAUCCAAUACAGCCACCUCCUGCCCUCAGUGCAGAGAAACUGUGCAACGGAGAAACCUCAGGACAAACAGGCAGCUGGCAAAUGUUGUAGAAAUAGCCAAACGGCUGAGUUUACAGGCAGCAAAAGGAGCAGAAGGGGACGGGGUGUGUGAGAGACACCAGGAGGCUCUGAAACUGUUCUGUGAAGAUGAUCAAACCCCCAUCUGUGUGAUCUGCAGAGAGUCGCAGACUCACAGAGCUCACACGGUGGUUCCCACAGAGGAGGCUGCCCAGGAGUACAAGGAAAAAAUCCAGGCCCAUUUGAAGGCUCUUAGGGAAGAGCGAGAAAAGCUGCUGGGUUUGAAAGUGACUGGAGAGGGGAAAAGCCAGGAGUAUCUGAAACAAACACAAACUGAGAGGCAGAAGAUUGUGUCUGAAUUUCAGCCACUGUGGCAGUUCCUGGAGGAACAAGAGCGACUCCUGCUGGCCCAGCUGGAGAAGCUGGACGAGGAGAUUGUGAGGAUCCAGAAUGAAAAUGUCAGUAAACUCUCUGAGCAGAUUUCCCAUCUCAGUGAGCUGAUCAGUGAGAUGGAGGGGAAGUGUCAGAAGCCAGCGAGUGAAUUCCUGCAGGGUAUCAGAAGCAUCCUGAGCAGGUGUGAGAAGGGGAAGUUCCAGGAGCCAGAGGAGAUUUCUCCUGAACUGGAAGAACACUCUGCCGUCUGCACUGGAGACAAAAAGAGGGCACACAGACAGGCGAAUGUGACUCUGGAUCCAGACACGGCUCAUCCCCAACUCGUCCUGUCUGGGGAUCAGAAAAGCGUGAGAUGGGGCCACACACGGCAGGAUCUGCCCAACAACCCUGAGAGAUUUGACCCUGAGCCUUGUGUGCUGGGCUCUGAGGGAUUCACCUCGGGGAGACAUUGCUGGGAAGUGGUGGUGGGGGAUGGACGAUACUGGGCUGUGGCGGUGGCCAGAGAGUCUGUGAGCAGGAAGGGAGGGAUCAGCCAUAGCCCUGAGGGGGGGAUCUGGACUGUGGAACCGGACUGGAGUCAGUUCCGGGCUCUCACCUCCCCUGCAACCCUCCUGCCCUUGAGCCGGGUCCCCAGCAGGAUCCGGGUUUGUCUGGACUGUUACCAAGGGCAGGUGACAUUUAUCGAUGCUGGUGACGAGGCCCCGAUCUUCACUUUCCCGCUGGGCUCUGUCCCUGGGGAGAGAAUCCGACCCUGGCUCUGGGCAUGGAGAUCCCGGCUCAGCCUGUGUCCCUGA